AUGUCGAAUAUUUUCUUGUUGUUGUUAUUUUCUUUAAUUGUUGUUUUAUCUUCAAGUGUUGUAUAUUCAAGAGGAAAUAAAAUAUCUAAAUGCGUUUUUUAUGACAAGAGGAACAAGGAUAUGAAACAAGUUUUUUAUGUUCCUACGAGUGAUGUAAAUAUGUAUAAGGAAACCAUAAGAAAAUUAUUAUCAAGAGAAAUAAGUUUAUUAGAAGAACCAUUAGAUGAAAAUGAAAAUAAUCAUAAUAUGAGUAAUAAGAAAAAUGUAUCAAAUUUUGAAGAAAUAAAAAAAAAUGAUGAAAAUAAUAGAAAAAAAAAAGAAAUGGAAGAAAAAUUGAAAUAUAUAGAAAAAUAUAGAAAUUAUGCAAAAGGAGUUUUAAAAAACGUAGAAUUUAAAUGUGAUAAUAUUGAUGAUUUGAAAUCAAAAGUAAAAUGUAAUUUAUGUGUUUACACAGAAAUUAUAAAUAAUAAACAUAUAAGACAAGGUCAAAUUAUUCAAAUAUUUAUGAAUGAAUGUAUGUAUGGAUUUUAUUAUUAUGAUAAUAUUAAUCAGUAUACACAAAAUAAUGAAUAUAAUAAUAAAUCUUUAAAGGAUUAUAACUCAACACAAAAAUUAGAUGAUAUCUAUUUUAAUAUAACUAAAGAUAUAUCAGAAGGAAAUAUAAAUGGAAUCAACUUUUUUAAACAACAAUCUAGCAAAUACCAUCCAGUAUGUUAUGUAACUGAGUAA